CCCAGCCCGGCCCGCUCCCUGCGCCAGCGACGCGCUACUCCGCUCUGCUGCCUCAGCCGGCCCGGGGCACGGACGGGGCCGCUGGCCGGGUGCGGCGAGUGGGCCGGAGGAGGGAGGGUGGAGCCGCGGAUCGGGUCAGGCCCAGUCCACGGCCAGAUCGAGAGCGAAAGCAGGAAAGCCCGGGCUCCCGCGCCUAGGACUUGUCUCUGACUGAGUAUUCGUGGCUCUGUAUGUUGGACACGUCAGAACUCAGCGAUGAGUCCAUGAGCUGCUGAGACUCCUGGAUGGUUCACUCUUCAUGCUGGUCAAUAAUCAGCAGAGUUGAUCUACAUUGGUUACUGCUGGUCAACAGAAGGCAUUGCUGGACUACCCUGGUUACUGCUGGACUACCCUGGUUACUGCUGGCCAAUAGUAGGCAUCACUGAGCUGCACUGUUUACAGCAAGUCAACCACGGGUGCUGCUAGUCAACAUUGGUUUCUGCUGGUCAAUAAUUGGCAUUGCUCAUCUACGCUGCUUACUGCCGGUCAAUUGUGGACACUGCUGGUAAACAGGUUACUGCCAAUCAAUAGUAGACACAACUAGCCACAUUUAAUAGUGGUCUGCACUGGUCACCAUGAGGAGCAGAAGUAACUCUGGCGUCCGGUUGGAUGGGUACGCGAGGUUGGUGCAGAGGACCAUCUUGUGUCACCAGAACCCAGUCACAGGACUGUUGCCAGCCAGUGUGGAUCAGAAGGACGCCUGGGUGCGAGAUAACGUGUACAGCAUUCUGGCUAUCUGGGGCCUGGGAUUAGCAUACCGCAAGAACGCAGACAGAGAUGAAGAUAAGGCCAAAGCUUAUGAACUCGAGCAGAGUGUUGUGAAGUUAAUGAGGGGGCUCCUCCAAUGCAUGAUAAGACAGGUGGAAAAAGUUGAGAAGUUUAAGCAAAGCCAGAGCACGAAGGACUCUCUCCAUGCCAAGUACAACACAGCCACAUGUGGGACGGUGGUUGGUGACAAUGAAUGGGGCCACCUUCAAGUAGAUGCCACCUCCCUCUAUCUGCUCUUUCUGGCACAGAUGACUGCGUCAGGGUUACGCAUCAUUUUCACCCUGGAUGAAGUAUCGUUUAUACAGAAUCUUGUAUUUUACAUCGAGGCUGCUUAUAAAGUUGCUGAUUACGGCAUGUGGGAGCGAGGAGAUAAAAUGAACCAGGGAAUAGCAGAGUUGAACGCAAGUUCUGUGGGCAUGGCCAAGGCAGCUCUGGAGGCGAUCGAUGAGCUGGAUUUGUUUGGCGCCUGUGGAGGCCCAAGAUCAGUCAUCCACGUUCUACCGGAUGAAGUACAACAUUGCCAGUCCAUUCUUCUUUCUAUGUUACCCAGAGCGUCGACAUCUAAAGAGAUUGAUGCUGGGCUGCUUUCAAUCAUUUCCUACCCUGCCUUUGCUGUGGAAGACAUCGAUCUGGUGAAUGUGACAAAGAAUGAAAUAAUUACAAAACUACAAGGGCGAUAUGGCUGCUGUCGAUUUCUGAGAGAUGGCUACAAAACUCCAAGAGAGGACCCGAACAGACUGCAUUAUGACUCGGCUGAAUUGAAGUUGUUUGAAAAUAUUGAAUGUGAAUGGCCCGUGUUCUGGACUUAUCUCCUCAUUGAUGGGGUAUUUAAAGAAGACAAGGUGCAGGUUGAAGAGUACAGAGAUGCCCUGGAAGAAAUCCUUAUAAGGGAACAGAAUGGCAUAAGGCUGGUGCCAGAACUGUAUGCUGUCCCUGCUGAAAAGGUGGAUGAAGAAUACAAGAACCCACAUACUGUGGACAGAAUUGUGAAAGGAAAAUUGCCUCAUAUGUGGGGACAAUCUCUGUAUAUCCUUGGGAAUCUCCUCUCUGAGGGAUUUCUAGCUCCUGGAGAAAUUGAUCCUUUAAGUCGAAGACUGUCUACCGUUAGCAGGCCUGAUGUUGUUGUCCAAGUGUCAAUAUUGGCUGAAUCUGAAAAGAUCAAGAACAUUUUGGUGAAGCAUAAUUUGCAUAUUGAUACUGUUUCUGACGUUCUUCCAAUCAGAGUGCAGCCAGGAAGAAUCCUGAGCCACAUAUAUGCAAAGCUGGGAUGCAACAAGAAACUGAAUCUAAGUGGCCGCCCAUAUAGACAUAUUGGCGUUCUCGGUACCUCUAAGUUGUACGUGAUCAGAAACCAGACCUUCUCAUUUACUCCACAGUUUAUUGAUCAGCAUCAAUUUUACUUGGCCUUGGACAACCGUAUGAUUGUGGAAAUGCUCCGGACUGACCUCGCCUACCUCUUCUCCACCUGGAAGAUGACAGGCCGUCCAACAGUCACCUUUCCAAUCACUAAAACCAUGCUGACUGAGGAUGGAACAGACGUCGAUUCAAACAUUCUUUGCACCCUUCGAAAACUGCAGGAUGGUUACUUUGGUGGGGCUAGGGUGAAAACCGGGAAACUAUCGGAAUUUCAGAUUACCUCGUGCUACACGCAUCUGAGUUUCAUGGAUCCAGGACCUGAUGGCUUCCUUUUGGAUGAUUAUUUCAGUGAGGGCAGUUUCACUCCUACAACAGAGGUGGCAGAGUCUGUAUCGGUGCAUGAUUCGUGCUACAGAAACGAUGUUGACAAUGAAGACGAGCUCAUGCAGUACAUAAAUCACCUGCUACAAAGCACAACCCCUGUAUCGAAGCGACUUCCUCCAACUUCCUGGAACCCAGGAAUGCAUCACGUGUUCGAGACUGAGCACACAACAAAGGACGUAAUCACAAUGGUGGCCAAAGCAGCAGGACUGGAAUUACCAAGCGGCUUCAUGUAUCUGCCCAUGAAAGUUCCAGUUACUCGUCGGAAGGCUCUGAAUUUGCUGGAAGUUCCAAAAUCACAGAUGGUGAAGACGGAUCAUCGAGUGGAUCUCAGCUUGCCCAAGGAUGCUCAUGGUGAUAUUGACUUUGCUUCAUUGGUUGAACAGCUGAAAGAAUGCAUCACACUACAAGACCAGGCAGACAUAUUAUACGUCUUGCAUGUCAUUAAGGGCCCAGAUUGGGACACAAAUAUCGGGGGACAGAAUGGUGCCACGGUACGAAGUCUCAUGACCGAACUGUACAGUAAAGCUGGCCAAAACCACGAGUGGGGACUGAUCCGCUACAUUUCAGGCAUGCUCAGGAAGAGGAUUGAAGUCCUCGCUGAGGCAUGCACAGACCUCCUGUCACAUCAGAAGCAGCUGACGGUUGGUCUUCCCCCAGAACCACGAGAGAGGGUCAUCACAGCCCCUCUGCCCCCUGAUGAACUCGCAGAGCUUAUUUACGAAGCAAGUGGCCAAGACAUUAGCUUAGCAGUUCUGACCCAGGAAAUCAUGGUCUACCUUGCGAUGUACGUAAGGACACAACCCUGUCUAUUUGCAGAAAUGCUCCGGCUGAGAAUUGGACUCAUCAUUCAGGUGAUGGCCACAGAGCUGGCUUAUAGUCUCACUUGUUCAGGGGAAGAAGCUUCUGAGAAUUUGAUGAACUUGAGCCCUUUUGACAUGAAGAAACUUCUGCAUCACAUUCUAAGUGGAAAAGAGUUUGGUGUGGAAAAAAGUGUCCGACCGGUGGAUUCCACUGGCAUCAGUCCUGCCAUUUCCAUCCAUGAAGUCGGCCACACAGGAGCAACAAAAACUGAGAGGACAGGCAUCAAUAAGCUAAAGAGUGAAAUGAAACAGCAAUGCAGCAGCCCAUCAUCUCCCACAAUCACCGCAUCUCCCGCCGGCUCCUUCAGUGCCCGCUUGACCUGGGAUGACCGUCAGGGUCAGUGGUUGCGUCGGCGCCGCCUUGACGGAGCCAUUAACCGAGUCCCCAUGGGCUUCUACGAAAAGGUCUGGAAACUUCUACAGAAGUGUCAUGGACUUUCCAUUGAUGGCUUUGUACUUCCUUCUUCAACUACAAGAGAGAUGACUCCCCAAGAGAUCAAAUUUGCGGUACACGUUGAGUCUGUUCUGAACCGCGUUCCUCAACCUGAAUACAGACAGCUUCUGGUGGAAACUAUCCUGAUUCUCACUGUACUAGCAGAACUGGAGGUCCACAGUGUUGGUGGUGUAAUCUGUGUGGACCACAUCGUACACAUGGCCAAUGAGUAUUUUUUACAGGAUCAGAAGUCCCUUGGAGCAAGUGAUUCCAUUUUAGACUUUGAUGCAGCCACAAGAGUUUGCAAUUUGUUCUAUGACAGUGCUCCCAGUGGCAACUAUGGAACCAUGACCUAUCUGACAAAAGCAGUUGCCUCUUAUGUACAAGACUUCCUGCCAAAUACUGGCUGUUUUCUGCAGUAGAACUGUGACCUCUGAA